UUGUGGGAGUCUAAUGUACACCACUGUCGACUUUCAGUUAAAUAUUGUUUGUUAUUCCUAAUUACAUAUAAGUCAUCUAUCUCAGCCACUGUGACGUCACUGCAAGCAUCAUCUGCUCUCUGUAUCACACAAUUCACAUAAACAAUGGAUGGAUACGAGACUUGGUAUCCGGAAUUCUCCUCACCAUGUACAUAGUCCUGUUUCCAGCGCUCAGCUGAUGAUGUGGAAAAGGCCAAGAGUUGUCAGUUUUUAUCACAGGAAUCAAGUAUGGGUUUGCUGUAAUGGAAUAUACACGUUCACGCCAUGGUUAGGAUGCCAUUAGUCAGUUUUCAUCAGUUAGCAAAACAGGCACUUCGUUCCCAGUCGGGACUCCAGUAACCUUUGGGACCUUGAUAAACGGAUUGAGUGGUGUACUGAUGGCGUAAAAAGGGCCUCUUAGUGUAGAAAAGUGAGCGUUUUAACCGCAUCGAAGAACACUGGCUCUCUCAGGAUAACUUAACUCGAUCUCAUCUCCCCGGUACUGACACUGGUUAAUGUUAUGACAAGUGAAAGGUACACUAACAACUUCACUGGACUAUAUUUCUGAUAGCUACCCAAACGGACUACAGCUUUGCAAUUGAGUGGCGUGGUGCGACAUAUAUAAAGACGAUUUAAUCAAUUACUGAACCAGCUAUUACCGAAAUACUCAUACGAACACAUGGACACCUUUCUUUGGAAACACUUUUGUUAUUAACAACAUGUUGAUAAUGUAGUGAACAAUACUUGAAGAAUUGUCGACACGUAGCUGUCACGUUAAUGUUUGGCUAUAUGUUGAGAAUCACUUUGACGGUCAGCUCUUCGCUGUGCGUCGUUGGUUAACAGGUAGUGUAUAGGGUACUGCAUCUUGGUGGUGUGAUUACACCUACCCUGUCCGUCUGACACCUUGUCGUACAGCCGGAUGCUAUAUCCUCGUGUCAGAGGCUGACAGUUGAUGUACAGUGUGUUAUAGUGAGUGGUUGGGCGGGAGCGGUUUGUCUGAUAGACGUGGCGCUACUGAUGCUGCAAACGACUCCCACAGACAGAGCGCUUCUGGAUACCAUACCACCGGCGAACUGACGCAGAGAAAUACCACACUUGUAUUGGACUUUCUUGUCUCGCCACCUCUUGGCGUUCGAUGCGUUUGAUACCAUCCUUUAGUUGGAGCGUUGCCCAAACAGCGUUCGAUACAGCAUACUUUUCAGGGGGGACUACGAUUUGUUAGUGCCGUAGCAGAGGUGUCAGACCGCCAUGUGUGCCGAUUACAGUAAAUAGACAAACCACCAAUUACACAAUCCUCGUACAAGUGCUGCCGCACGUGGGUCUGGUGCUGUCAUUACGGAACUCCUGUAAAACUCUUCUAACUAGUAUAUACAUACUGAUUGGCGAUAUAAAAGUAUUCACCAAAAUAAUAUCAGAUUGUACUAUUCAAUCGGGUUUGAAAACGAAGGGCUGGUGCCAUAUCUAUAAGCGAUGACUUACUCAUCCGUCAUUCUUCUUAAUGAUCAAGAGUACGGGAAACCCAAUUGUUAUGAGAUGGAUAUCCGUACCCGGCUAAUGAUGGACUAACUUAAUUAGCGUGGACCCUCCGUCAGUAAUCAAAACACUAGUGGCUAAGGAGAACUAUCAACAGGAAAUGUUACGUCCGCCAUGAUUGAGGAAUUGUAAUUUUUGACACCGAAAAGUUUGUUCCAUACUUUUCUGGAUAGUACGUAAUAGGAACGAAUCUACGUUCCGGUAACAUCAGUGAUGCGAUUUGUCAAACAUUUCCAUUAUUUAUCAUACUCGUAUGAGUGUUUGUAACUGACAGUGAUUUACGUCCGAAUAUAAAACAUUCCAUUUUACUUCUUUUAUAAUUUACUUAAUUAAGCUUGUUUUCAUGUGAUACUUUAUGUGGAAUACUUUCGAUAGAAACGAGAAUUGCACAGGAGUCAAAUAUAUUGGUACCCGGUAUCAAAAUAAGUGAACACGUUAAAGGUCAAAGGUCAUACAUCAGCUGGAACCCAAAGGCUGUACUUGUAUUGAUAUAUGCGAUAAUUCUACCAGGGAGACAGACAGGACUUCUGUGAUCAAAGUAUUUAUCCCAUGAUGAAAGUUUUACAAUCGGACACAAUGUGUUAUCACUAAGUUAAUAGACAUAACCUGUUUUAUGUAGAGUAAACGUCUGUCUCUUCAUCCUUAUCUUUUAAAGAGAUAUCAUCAUUGUUUUGUCGAUAUAAACCGAGUGCUAAAUCUGCGUCCCUCGCGUGUUUGGGAUCCAGAUCAAGUUUACCUCUAUUGCCACCUCCUGUUGAAUACAGCUACGGAAUUUAACACACGAGUUUGCAAAAACGAAGCCUUAUCUGUUUGGACGUAAUACUCUGUAAUAACAGUUGUCGUUAGACGCUAAGCUUGUUCUGGUGGCUUCUAGUAAGUCCGAACAAUUCUACAUCACUGAAUAUUCGUCCCUCUAAAGCUUAAGUUGGACGAUAAAUCAGUAAUCGUCAGCGCUCUCACAGCACGCACGCGUCUUUAACAACGCCAUUCAUCACAUGGAGCUGAUUUGCGGAUUGAUGCUAUUGUUUUUACCGACGACAUAAUCAUGGUGAGGUCUUACCGAUGUGUGUUUAAUAUGGCAUCAUUUAGACAGCGCUGAUUUACACUUUCGCAAAGAACUCCGCGGGGUGGCGUCAAAUAGAAUGUAAAAGACUACUAAUUAUAGAACAAUUGUGUCGAUUUACCCUCGAUAUUUAAAUAGGUGAAAAUAGUUUGAUAUUCAUCAAUCCUAUUUUAUUUUCUAAGAUAAAUUCGUGGAAGAGGAAAGAUUGUUUUUACUUUAGUACGACUUGGCGAGGGGAGACGUCAAAUACUCAAUGAUAUACCCCGUUAUUUGUUGACAAUUGUGGACGUAUAUAUUAGCGUGUAUCAGCGUACAUCAGCAUUGAUUAGUAUAUCUACCAUUACCAAAAUGGCGUCGGACACAGAGAUAACAAGGGAGAAGAUGAUUGUAGAUCCCCUGGCCCACGGGCACACGAACGUAAUUUCACUGAUGGGGGGUGGCGGGGCGGAGUACAACAAGGGGAGGAGGAGGAGCACGAUCCACUCAUACACUCUGACAAGCUACCAUACUCUCCCCCACGACCCCGCCACCAUGAAGGCCGUCAGAGACAUGAGCGAAACCAAGGCCCUUAAAAACGUCAUUGUCCUCGGCUUUGCUUUCAUGUUUAUAUUUACAGCCUUCAUUUCCUUACAGGGACUACAGAGCACCAUGAAUUGGGAAGGUGGUGUAGGAGUGGUCUCCCUUAGUAGCAUGUACCUUACCACCAUCCUUUCGUGUAUCGUUGCGCCAUUUAUCAUCAAGAAACUAACGACCAAGUGGACAAUGGUCAUGUCGUUCAUUUUCUUCACUGGAUAUUUCGCAGGGAAUUUUCAUCCUGAGCAUUACAUGUUGCUCCCAUUAGGGAUUGUGCUCGGCUGUUUGGCCGGCCCAAUGUGGAGUGCACAAGCAACUUCCAUUACCACCAUUGCGCUUGCGUACGCUGAGCAUUCCCACAUUCAGGACCAGGAUAUAGUAAUAAACAAAUUCAUGGGGAUAUUUUGUGGUCUGUACAGGACAAGCAAUAUAUGGGGAAAUCUCAUAACUACGCUAGUCAUGUCACAGAACAAGACGUUCCCCAACACAUUUCAGUAUUAUAACACGUCAACAAACUUUACGUGUGGUUCAACCUAUUGUCUAAUAGAGGAAGGGAUGGAAGACCAGGCCCGUUAUUCCGCCGAUACUAUAACAAUGAUUCCAGAGAGUACCCGGAUUAUGCUGCUGAGUAUAUAUCUUGGGUGUGGGGUGAUGGGUGUGGUCAUUCUCAUCUCGCUGAUGGACCAGUGCGACCAGAACAAGGACGACAGCGAGAACCUAACGUCCAAGGAGUUAUGCUUGGCUACACUUGAGAUGUUGAAGGAUUCCAAAUGUCAGCUGCUGGCCCUCAUGGUCGUCUUCGUGGGUCUAGAGCAAGGUUUUAUGUUCGGCGACUUCACCAAGGCCUACAUUUCCUGUACGCUAGGUGUCACUAGUAUCGGGCCGGUGAUGAUAUGUUUCGGAGCCGUGAGCGCUGUAAGCUGUGUUAUGAUUGGUUACUUCGCCAGCAAGCAUAUCAAGCGGUUCGCAUUCAUCUCUGCCGGGGCCACAUUUAAUGUAGGGCUGCUGAUAGUAUUGUGGCUGUGGAAACCAAGCCCGAACGACAUCCCAAACUUCUUUGUGGUGGCCGGAUGUUUGGGUCUGUGCGACGCCAUAUGGCAGACUCAGACCUACACUCUAUACGGCGUACUUUUCCUCGACAGACAAGAGGCAGCCUUUUCCUCGUACCGGAUGUUCUAUGCUACCGGAUGUGCCAUUUCCUUUGGUUACAGUCACUUCCUGUGCGUUCAGACCAAGGUGUAUGUGCUGGGCGUGGUGCUCGUGCUAGCAUUGAUUAUGUAUUGUGUAAUCGAGAUGAAAGUUCAGUUACAAAGUCAGCACAUAAAAGACAUCGUUGCCUUGUAGACAGUGCUUCCGCGUACACAUAAUUGUCAGGUAGACGUACUGUUAUGCGUGAUGUAAAGAAGGUACUGCCAAAUGAACGUUUGUCUGCAAGGAAGUGGUUUCGAAAAGACAAUCGUGGAUGCCGAUCCCGAAUUAACAUAGAAUUAUGGUACAAGAGACCAAGCGUCUGUGAUCUGUGUGUUUUCCUGAUCACAUUGCCCCCAUCAUUAUCAUAGAAUCUUUGAUCACUCGUCCUCGGAUCCAACCAAGAAUGUAUUACUUUAGAUGAGAAUAAAGAUUCAUUUAAAACA